AUGCUAGGGUACGCAAAAGACCAUGCUGUUCUUAAAGAAGCUAUUGACCAUGAAAGGAGGUUCUAUAAAAAUCAUGCUAGUGAUCAAAGAUUGAAAUAUGCUGGCAAAAGGCAGGAGGGGGUUAGUGAAGAUUCGAAGUGGAAGGGGUAUAGAGAGAAGAAUCCGAGAUUAGACGCGUACUAUAGGAUUUGUGAAAGGUACCAGAAGAAUAGGGUUUCGCUGGGAAAGAAGCAGCAAGAGAUAUUUCAACAGAAUAAAGAGCCUUAUACAAGUCUUGGGUCUAGUCAUAGGUUCAUGAGAAGCUCUAGUCAGGGUUCUCUGCCUUUAACAAUCCCCCAGAAAUCUCCUGGGGUUCAGGUGAUGCCAAGUACUCGAUACAUGAGAGUUUCAACUUCAGUGAUGUCUCUGAGAGGCUCAGCUCGUAGACAAAAGAUGAUACAAAGCCGGAAGGGAGGAAGUCAACUCACCUCUAAAGCCCUUCACUCUCUUCCUGUAGCCAAACCCAGAUUUAAUGAGAAAGAAAUGAAAGCUCUUAGUAAAUAUUACAAAAAUAAAGCAGCCUCACAACGGUUGUCGAUAGCAAGAAAUAGCUCGGAACAUGAACAAAGAAAAUUGCCUCUUAAUGAAGAGUUAUCUCAAAGGGUUGAGAACUUGAAGUAAUGAAAUAAUAACCCAAAGAGAGACUUACCCCAAGAAAGAGAGAAGGAAGAAGCACAAAUCUAGUCGAAGGAAGAAAUUAAAACUAGAAGAGGAGGAUAAAGAAGAACCAGAAAGUGCUUCUAAACUAAAGAAGGAUAACUCUUUGAUAGAGGAGAAAGAGGAAGAAAAUAAAUCAAGUGAAACCUCAUCAGAAGGAGAAGGUGAAGGAGAUCUCUCUUGCAAAGGAGAAGAGUCUGAAGAAUCCGUUGAGGAGAUUGAUACAAAGAUUUUUAGUAUGAGAAGUACUCUUUCAGGGGAAAAAUCAAAACGAUCAUCUGUGAGAACAGCUUCGACAUAUGUUUCUCAGCUUAGAAGUGAGAUUAGGAGUGAGAGAAAAUUGAGACUUAAAAUGGAAAAAGAAAUAUCUGAUUUAAAAAAAUUGAGCAAAAAUAUGAAGAAACACUUGCAGAACGAUGUAAUAAGCUUAGUCACAUUAAGCGGAUACUCUCGUAGAUAACCCCACCCAAAAUUUUACUAAAAAAUUCCAAAACCCAAAAAUCUCCCAAAAUCCCGUCUUCAACCAG